AUGGAUUUAACUGCUUUAUAUGCAAGUUUAAGUCCUACCCAUGCUGUCAUUUCUCCAUGUAAUCUUUGGAUUGCAUCCCUUUCUCGGUCUGGCCAUGUUUUGAUACGAAACAUAGAAACCCUUGAAUUGCAGCAUGUCUUUCUUUUGAAUCCAGAUUUUGUGCAAAAAGCCACCUGGUUGUUUUGGAUAACAAGACGAGAUUCUCUUGAAACAACGCAAAUAUGCGUGGCUUCUUUGGAUAAAGCGUUUGUUUUAGAUUUUCGCCAAGAAUAUUUUUAUGCCACCAUUGACUGUAAUCGGGACCAUGUGAAACGUAUAGAAUGCAGUCCACUAGGUCAAUUGUUGUUCUUCUCUGAGAUCCAUAAUAAAGUUACGAUUUGGACUUUGGAGUCGAAAAAAGGAUUUGUGGUCUCUCAUCCAAAGGGCGAUAUUGACCAAGCUGUUGCUUUUCAUCCCUAUUCCAACCUUUGUUCCAUGUUAAUUCGAAAGUUUGGGUCUGACUUUCUCAAUUUCUAUCAGACGUCGCUAGAUGGAACAUGGAACCUUGAACGAAAUUACAAAUUGCCAACGAUAGAUGCAUCCUCUGUCUCGUGGUCACCAAACGGCCAGUGGCUUGUUGUUCAAGAUGUCACUUUAAACACCGUUAUUCAUAUCUUCUCAGACCCUGGUAUUUUCCUAUUUAGUUAUAAGGUCGAAGAUGAUCUACAAUUGGGGUUUUCGAAAACUCAGUGGAGUCCUGAUUCUUCUCUGCUAGCUUUAUGUAGCUUACAAAACUCUACGAUAUUUAUUCUGGAUACCCAAACAUUCAGUCCAACUUUUCAGUUACAGCAUAAUUUUGACCAACCCUUUGCACUCAAUUGUUGGCAAGAAGACCUUUCUUCAGAGUACAAACUAACAUAUCAGCGCGCUCCAUGGCCGACUGCAAUGAGGACCUUAAACGAACAUGAACGUUGUGAAGUUUUCUUUAAUGCUGAUAAUUCUUUUGUAGCAUCUUUUACGCUUCAGCAAAAAAAUGUUGUCUGGAUUUGGAAUUUACAAUCUCAAUUAUUGGAUACCAUACUCAUACAACAGCAGCCCGUCGAACAUCUUUCUUGGCAUCCUACUUCUCCGCAUUGUUUAAUGAUUCAGACAAAGCAUGCAAAACCUAGGAUUGGUCAAGAAAUGCAGUCCAUUCUCAAUUGUUCUAUUUAUUUUUGGUCUUACAAAUGGAACGAACCUCGGGUCAUUACAAUUCCUAAAUCAGAUUUUUUCAUUCAGAAAGCUCAGUGGCUUCACGCCGCCCAUCAUCUUCACUCGCCAACGGUGUUGAUAUCUGCCAAAGAUGCUUAUAUAAUUGCAUACUUGUUGGAAAGCGAAGAGGAAAUGUCUUCUCAACUUGUGCUUUCUCAAGGAUCUCUUAAUGAAGAAUUAGAGACAACACAAACAAUUCACAUACCUGCCAAAUAG